AUGGAAAGGGAGUUGGGAAAAGAUGUUGCUGAAGUCAAGGAGGUCAUGAACCUGAUAAAGGUUGUUGGGCUGUUGAAGACUGUGGCUGGGUUCUAUCAAUGCUAUGAGGGUUUAGUUAAGGAAUUCAUUGUCAACGUUCCUAAGGAUAUUGCUGAUAAGAACAACAAGGAAUUUUGCAAGGUGUUUGUGAGGGGUGAAUUGGAAGCUACAGACAAUGAGGUCUGUAAAGAGAUUACAGCUAGGCAUGUGAAAGGUUGGCCUAUUAAAAUGCAUCUUCCUGCUGGGAAGUUGACUGUCAAGUAUGCUAUAUUGCAUAAAAUAGGAGCUGCAAAUUGGGUGCCUACCAACCAUAUUUCCACCAUUGCUAAUACCCUUGGAAGGUUUAUUUUUGUUGUUGGAACCAAAGUGAAUUUUGACUAUGGUAGAUUUAUGUUUGAACAAAUCAUCAAGCAUGUAUCUACUAAUGCAGUUAAGCUGACUAUUACCUUUCCCUCUAUGAUUUGUGGGAUUAUCCUGAAUCAACACCCUGGUAUUUUGCGUUCUAAUGACUUACCUAGUAGAAGAAAACCUGUUUUCUCUGUGCACUAUAAACUGUUUGAAGGCAAUCAUGUCGAAGAUAUUGUCAUGACAUCUGCCAUGAAAAAGCCAGCCUCAAAAUUUGGAAUAGUUGCUGAGCUUAAGGAGACUUGUAAAGAGCUAGGUGAAGGGAUAAGGGUAGAAACAACUAGGAAACAAUCGUUGGAAGCCUUGAUGGCAAGCUUGGAGCAAGCUGAAGCUGAUUAUGUACUUGGUUUUGUAACCCUUUAA